GGAAAACAUUGAUCACUUCAGUUGUCCCGGAAGUAGAUGAACAUUUAAAAUAUCGAGGAAACUACCAUUUCUCCACGGACCCUCCAAAGAACACAGCUUUCAAGUAUCAACUUUUUCUUCUCCUCUCCUUAGACAUCCUGUGUCUCACAAGUAGUCCUUCAAUUCCGAGAAGAAGAUAGCAACAAAAGCGUUCAUGCUUCCUCCACCAAUGAAUUUGUUUGGAGCCUAGGACUGUUCUUGCCAUUGUUUUAAAUGUACUGUGGGAUGGGGUCUCUGCUUGUUCUUGUGGGGUUGGGUGUUUUGGUGUUCUGGGCACAUCACAACUCCAUCUCAGCGGUUUCGCAGAGCACCGGAACUUUGCUCAUCAAUGGAACAGCAUCCGUUGCUAAGACAGACGAUGAUUACAUCUGUGCCACUUUGGAUUGGUGGCCUACUGAUAAAUGUGAUUAUGGCACUUGCAGCUGGGGAAGAGCCACCCUCCUCACUUUGGAUCUGAACAACACACUUCUGCUAAAUGCUGUAAAAGCUUUUUCACCCCUGAGGAUUAGAAUGGGAGGGACUCUGCAAGAUAAAGUAAUAUAUGAAACACAGGGUGAUGAGACACCUUGCAGCAUCUUCACCAAGAACAGCUCGGAAUUUCUUGGUUUCUCACAAGGAUGCUUACCAAUGGCCCGAUGGGACGAGCUGAACUCGUUUUUCAAGCAGACAGGGGCGGCCGUCACAUUCGGGCUGAAUGCGUUAUACGGCAGGAUAAUCAGUUCAGACAGUUCUGUUAAUAUGCCCUGGAAUUCUAGCAAUGCCAAAUCUCUCAUUCAGUACACUGUCAAUAAAGGCUACUCUAUCCUCGGUUGGGAGCUUGGCAAUGAACUAAGUGGAAAUGGAGUUGGAGCAAGAGUUUCAGCCCACCAGUAUGCAUCAGAUAUAAAAACCCUUCAACACCUAGUGGAUGAUAUAUAUGCAGGUUUUGAAGUUAAGCCACUGGUCCUAGCACCAGGAGGAUUCUUUGAUGCAGAUUGGUUUGCCGAUUUUGUAGAACAAACAAGUAAAACUCUUCAAGUUGUCACCCACCACAUUUAUAACCUUGGUCCAGGAGUCGAUGACCACCUUAUUCAAAAGAUCCUCGAUCCUUCUUAUCUUGAUGGGGAGGUGCAAACAUUCAGCAGCCUUUGGACUCUUCUAAAGAAUUCUGGAACUUCGGCAGUUGCAUGGGUUGGUGAAGCCGGAGGCGCUUAUAAUAGCGGCCGCAACCUUGUCACUAACUCCUUUGUUUUUAGUUUCUGGUAUUUGGACCAACUAGGAAUGGCGGCCACUUCCGGUACAAAAACAUACUGCAGACAGACAUUGAUUGGUGGAAACUAUGGCUUGCUAAACACUGAAACAUCCCAACCAAACCCAGAUUACUACAGUGCUCUUCUUUGGCAUAACUUGAUGGGAAGCGAUGUUUUAUCAACUAGCUUCUCGGGCACUGAUAAGAUUCGCGGUUAUGUUCAUUGCUCAAAAAACUCUCCUGGGAUCACUUUGCUGCUGAUCAACCUUGAUGGCAACACAACUGUCCAAGUUCACGUUUCGACUGGAAAUGUAGCCAGUAAUUUGAAACAAGAGAGCCAAACUCGCAGGACAAAAUUUGCCAAAAUGUCAAGAGGGUCAUCUAGUGAUGGGAACAUCAGAGAAGAGUAUCACUUGACUGCUAAAGAAGGAAAUAUACAGAGCCAAGUCAUGCUUCUCAAUGGAAAAGUUCUAAACACAGAUUCAUCUGGCAAUAUUCCUUCCUUAGAUCCAAUACAUGUAAGCAACUCAGAUCCGAUUACGGUGGCUCCAUUCUCCGCUGUAUUUGCUCGGAUUCCUAGCACGAAUGUCACUGCAUGCCAAUAGUGCAGUACAGGACCACAGGCGCAGUGAACUUGCUAUUUGUAAUGGUAAUUCUGAGGUGACCAUAGCAGAUAAUUAAUUCUUGAAAAGAUUGUGACAAGCACCGGCAAAAUUGAAACAGUCGCGAGUGAAGGCCAGUUAAUUCAUGUUUUGAGUUCAAAUCCAGAGCGCUAAUGACAUGUGAACUUAAGCCUCUUUCUCCCUAUCGGUAAAUUGAAUCAUCACCAACAAAAAUAAAGAGCCUUUCCUCAUACACCCAUCAGACAUUAGCAGCAAGCUUCAUAGAAGUGACUCAACUCCUGUAUAUCACCCCCUGUUUUGUGGCUACUAGAACAACGCAGCAGAGCUACAAAUCUAUAUGAAGAAGGUACACGUUUGGUGAGUC